GACUCUUGCGUCAUCAUUCCGCGCCACGUGCAUGCAAAUGCCAAAUGUUGGAGGACAUCAAUGAAGCAUGGGAAACCUUGGAGCUUUAUUUCUUUUUCUCGCGCUUCUAACCCGGUGUUAUAUUUGGGGGGUUGCAGGUCGCUCUCUGCCCGCCUGCCACGAGCAGCUGCAGUUCAGGUGCAGCGAUGGCUUGUGCAUCCCGAGACCGAGGGUGUGUGACGGACACACAGACUGUGAAGACGGAUCAGAUGAACACCACUGUGGUCACCUGUGGUGUAAAAAAGAUGAAUUUGCCUGCCGCAGCAGACGGUGCAUAUCUCCACGUUUCCUUUGCAAUGGCGUGGAAGACUGUGGGGACGGGAGUGACGAGGCCUUCUGCCACAACUGCACCACCCCUGGCUUCUUCUCCUGCGAGCCAUCUGACACCUGUCUGCCCCGAGACAAGCUGUGUGAUGGGCGAACUGACUGCAAAAACCGGCGUGACGAGUCUUGGGAGUUGUGUGGUUUGUCUCAGCUAAGCCCGCAGACGUCUCCCAAGUGUACGGCGUCUGAGUUUCAGUGUGGAGACGGGCAUUGCAUCCGCCAGACCUGGAGGUGUGACAAUUCACCAGACUGCUCUGAUGGCAGUGACGAGGACAACUGUGAUCAGAACGAGUGUGAGGUCAAUAAUGGAGGCUGCUCUCAUCUGUGUGUGGACCAGAAGAUGGGAUUCCACUGCGACUGCCCCGGCAACAUGAGGCUGGUCGGGGACAGCCACUGUGAGGAGGUCAACACGUGCCUGGAGAGCGAUGUGUGCGAUCAGCUGUGUGUUCACAUGAACGGCAGCUUCGCCUGCGACUGCUACGAGGACUACCAGAUGAAUCCAACAACCAGAGAGUGCAAGGCCAAAGGCAAUGAGGCUCAGCUGGUUUUUACCUCUUCUAAAGGAAUGUGUUGGACAAGCAUCACUGGCACCGAGUACAGGGAACCGGCUGCACGUUUACCAGGACCAGGGCCAGUGGCGGCCUUGGCCUCUAACCGAACACUGUACUGGGCCCGGCAAGGAAAAGGCUCCGUAUACAGGAUCUCCAUGGAUGGAAAGCUGCAUGAUUCAGUGUUGGUGCUGAAAGUUCAAGGUUCAGUGUCAGGCCUGGCUGUGGACUGGGUCCACCAUCUCCUCUACUGGACCAGUAUGGAGAGCGGUUCUGUUAACGUUGGCCUGCUAGACGGUUCGGCUCAGCGUAGGCUUAUCACCGGACUGGAUAAACCUUCUGCAGUGGCUCUGGAUCCUCUCCGAGGGCUGCUCUUCUGGGCUCAGUCUGGCCGCCCCUCAAAGAUUGAGAGAGCUAGCUUGGACGGUCGGGACAGGACGGCUCUGGUCACUUCCUUAAUACUCUACCCUGUCGCUCUCUCUCUGGAUAUGCCUCGUCAGCUGCUGUACUGGGUUGACCAGGGAAUGAGAAGCAUCUCCAGAGUAAAUCUAGAUGGCCGUGACCGUAAGACAGUGGUAGGGUCGAACGGUUAUUUGGAUCGGCCUUUCGGACUGGCUGUGUUUGAGGGUUUUGUAUAUUGGAGUGAAGAAGUGACACGCUCCAUCUGCCGAGCCAACAAACACAACGGUGGCGACCACCAAGUGCUGCUGUCAAACGUCACCUCACCGGGUGGUGUGGUCAUCCUCCAACCUGCUCUCCAACCAAACGGUGCAUCUGUAUGUGGACAUACCGGGACGCUGUGCCAUCACGAGUGCACUGUCGACCUGCUGUCUGAGAGUCCAGAGUUCAGCUGCACUCCUCCAGAAAAAGGACAAAACACAUCUGAAGAAAUUCCUGCCAUUUCUCGCACCGUUCCUGCAUCAACUUUAUCUGACCCGACGUCUGCUGGAAUCCUCUCUCUUAUCAUGUUUCUUAGUGUGCUGCUGGUGGGAAUGGCUCUGUGGUGGUGGCGAGAGGAGUUCCGACCGUCCAGGUCUCUCACUGAGCAGAGCUUCUCCCUUAAAGAGUCCCAGGACCCGCUCAUCAUCCAGGGGCCGCACAUGGCUCCAAACACAUGCCUUGUAAAGGAAACUCUGCUUAAGCUGGACUUGGACGGUGAAUGAAGACGGUGCAACACAGAUGGCCAGCUGCCUGGUGCUGUCUCAACCCCCGCAGUGACCUCAGGGCUGACAGACGACAACAAACCUGUCGUCUUGUCCCAACUCCGUGUGCAGUUUAAGAGAAAUGACCCGGUGGUAAAUAUCAGAGUAUAGAUGAGGAACAGACUUUGGAACAGUAACUUCUGUUUUGAAGAAGUGUUACUUUCAGCUCUUGUGGUUUCAGAAUUCAUCUUUGUUAACGAUGAUGAUGUUUGCUUAUAUUCUAUUGAACAAACCUACAUCGAAUUUUUUGUGCUUUGAAUAUCCGCACGGAUGAACUCGUAUAUUUUGCCUUAUUUUUCAAACCCUUUAUGUGAAGCAGUUUCCUCUGCGAUUUACCAGUUAUGUUACAACUGUAGCUCAGUGAAAAUGUGAUCCGUUUAGAUUAUAGCUGAAACAAUUAGUUCAUUAAUCGCUUAGUCGUUCGAAAGAAAAUGAAUGAGCUACUAUUUUGAAAAUUGAUUAUAGAUUUUAGAUUAUUUAAGUCAAAGCAUUGAACAUUUGUUGGUUCCAGCUUCUGCUUUUGUUUUCUCUUCUGUGACCGUAAACUAAAUAUAUAUUUGUGGUUCAGACCAUUGAUCAGACAACAAUCAAUUGGGAGACAUUUUUCAUUAUUUUUGGAGAUUUUACAGAUCAAUUGUUUAAUAGCAAAUAAUUGUUAGUUGCAGUUCUACUGUAGAUUUUUAUUUUAUUGUUGCACUUUCUCACUCAACGUUUAUUUCAUCUUAUGCAAUCAAAACUAUACUUUUGCAAUAUUAUGGAGGGUUUUUACUUUACAACAUCCAACAGAAAUAUUAUGAAUAAUGUGACAAAAAAACUGACAUAAAAAAUCAAAUCAACGGGGCGAACCUCUAGCUCACCCAGAAAAGAAGAAAAACAAAUCAAGUCAACUAUAAGGUACAGAUGUCCUCCCUGUUGUACUCUCACAUUUUACUGAAUACUAAACUACUGUUUUUUGGCUUCUUCAGUAAGAGGAAAUGCUGCAAAAAUCUUUGAAUGUUGGAAAAAAUGAUCUGGUGCUGCAAUGGGGGGGAAACAAAGUGUGUAUUGUUUUGUGAAAUGUCUCCUGGAGGUUUGGUUUUGUGCACAGGGCCUGGUUAGUGUUGGAGGGAGUGUUUGGUUAAUUGACCUGCUUUGUUCUUUUGUGUUAUUUGAGUCUCAAAGAAACUAUAAGUCUGUUGGACUGAUAUAAAUCCAUCGGCAGCAAUUGAGUGAUCAUUCUGUAAGUGUGCCCCCAUCUGCUGAGUUGUGUGUUGGUAUUUAUUUUUAAGGAUGUGUUUUAUUUAUUUUUGGGCAGCAUUACAGCCAUUUGCACCAUGGAUAAAAACUGUAAAAUGCUGUAUAUGAAUCAAAUAAAAUAAUUUUAGUUUUCCUACA